CUAAAAGAUUGCUGUGGCUGUGCAGGCUUGAAUGGUUCUCUGUGUCCUGCUCUGAGAUCUGCUGUCGGGUGCAUUGAGGGGACCUCAGGAAGCUCUGAGAUUUAGACAUGGAUGCAAUGACUUUUGACGAUGUGCAUGUGAACUUCACUAAAGAAGAGUGGAAUUUGCUGGAACCUUCCCAGAUGAAUCUCUACAAAGACGUGAUGUUGGAGACCUACUGGAACCUUACUUCUAUAGGCUACAAAUGGGAAGACCAUCAUAUUGAAGAACCAUGUCAAAGUUCUCGAAGACAUACAAGGCAUGUCAGGAGUCAUAGUUGGAAGAAACUCUAUGAAUGUAAUCAAUGUGGUAAAGCCUUUACCUCUCACAGUAGUCUCAGAUAUCAUAAAAGAACCCAUACUGGAGAGAAACCUUAUGAAUGUAAUCAUUGUGGUAAAGCCUUUGCAAGACCUGCUCAUCUCCAAAGACAUAAAAGAACCCAUACUGGAGAGAAACCUUAUGAGUGUAAUCAAUGUAGUAAAGCCUUUUCCUGUCACAGUGGUCUCAGAUAUCAUAAAAGAACCCAUACUGGAGAGAAACCUUAUGAAUGUAAUCAAUGUGGGAAAGCCUUUGCAAGACCCGCUGAUCUCCAAUGUCAUAAAAGGACCCAUACUGGAGAGAAACCUUAUGAAUGUAAUCAAUGUGGGAAAGCCUUUGCAAGACCCGCUAAUCUCCAAUGUCAUAAAAGAACCCAUACUGGAGAGAAACCUUAUGAAUGUAAUCAAUGUGGUAAAGCCUUUUCUUGUCAGGGUGGUCUCAGAUAUCAUAAAAGAACCCAUACUGGAGAGAAACCUUAUGAAUGUAAUCAAUGUGGGAAAGCCUUUGCAAGACCCAGUCAUCUCCAAUGUCAUAAAAGAACCCAUACUGGAGAGAAACCUUAUGAAUGUAAUCAAUGUGGUAAAGCCUUUUCCUCUCACAUUAGUCUCAGAUAUCAUAAAAGAACCCAUACUGGAGAAAAGCCUUAUGAAUGUAAUCAAUGUGGUAAAGCCUUUUCCGGUCACAGUGGUCUCAGAUAUCAUAAAAGAACCCAUACUGGAGAAAAACCUUAUGAAUGUAAUCAGUGUGGUAAAGCCUUUGCAACACCCAGUCAUCUCCAAUGUCAUAAAAGAACCCAUACUGGAGAGAAACCAUAUGAAUGUAAUCAAUGUAGUAAAGCCUUUGCAAGACCCGCUCAUCUCCAACAUCAUAAAAGAACCCAUACUGGAGAGAAACCUUAUGAAUGUAAUCAAUGUGGGAAAGCCUUUGCAAGGCUCAGUCAUCUCCAAUGUCAUAAAAGAACCCACACCGGAGAGAAACCUUAUGAAUGUAAUCAAUGUGGGAAAGCCUUUUCCUGUCACAAUAGUCUCAGAUAUCAUAAAGGAACCCAUACUGGAGAAAAACCUUAUGAAUGUAAUCAGUGUGGUAAAGCCCUUGCUACAUCCACUCAUCUCCAAUGUCAUAAAAGAACCCAUACUGGAGAGUAAUCUUAGGAUAAUUAUCAAUGUGGAAAGACCAUUCACAAGGGAGAAGUCAACAAAGACAUAAAAAAACACAUAGUGGAGAGAAAUCUUAAUGUAACCAAUGUGGUAAAAGCCUUUUCACAAAGUAAUUAUCUCAAAAAGACAAAAGAACCAACCCAUUUUGGAGAGUAACCUUAUGAAUGUAAGCAAUGUGAUAAUGAAGUCUUUGCAGUUUUCACUAGUCUCCAAAAAAUAAAAGAUACCAUACUGGAAAGAAACCUCAUGAAUAUAAUCAAUGUGGGACACACUUCAGAACUUUGUAAUCUCCAUUAUUUUAAAAGUACACAUACAGGAGAGAAACCUUGUGAAUGUAGUCAGCGUUGUAAAGCAUUUCAAGUCACAGUCAUCUGCAAUGACAUAAAAGAUCACAUACAAGAGAGAAACCUCAUGAAGGUUGUCAAUGCAGUAAAGCCUUUGCAUGUCUUAAUUCUUCACAUGUAUACAAAGUGAAGCACACUGGGGAGAACCCUCAUUAUUGUAAUCACUGUGGUAAAAACCUUGGCAAUUUACUGUCAUCUGCAACUACAUAAAGAACACAUUCCAAAAAGUAACUCUUUCCAUUUUUCCAGAGUACUAAUCCCUUGUGUGACACAGUCAUCACCCCAUACAUAAAAGAACACAUAUGGCAGAAAACCUGCAUGAAUAUAAUGAAUAAGGUAAACCCUUUCCAGGCCACAGUCAUCUCCAAACAUACAAAAAACUGUGCAGGAGAGAAACCUUAAGAAGGUAAUUGAUGUGAGAAAACCUUUGCAUAUCACAGUCAUCUCCAAGUACAUUAAUGAGCACAUAGUUGAGAGAAGCCCUGUGAUUGUAAUGAAUGUGUUAAAGCCUUCGCAUGUCGUUGUACACUCCAAACACUUAAAGGAACACAGGUUUUACAGACACCUUAUAAAUGCAGUGAAUGUGAAAGGGACUAUGAAUAUCACGAUAGUUUCCAAAGACGUAAAAGAACACAUAAUUGAUGGAAAUCUUGUGUGUAGGCUCUCCCAGCCUGAAGCAGGCUGAUCCAGACUUUGACCUUGCUGCCACUGAGAAUUAGACCACCUGGGGUGGACCCUUGCUCCCUAGAUCACUAUAUUGUUCAGCCACUGCCACUGUUCUUCAAGACUUUGCAACCUGCUGAAAGGCCCCUGAGAUAUUCCAAAGACUACACCCAGACCUGCAAGUCAUCACCUGCAGCUGGUUCCAAGCACCAAGAAUGGUUUGGUGGGAAUGGGCCUCUUCCCCUUUAUAAGCACAUUUGCUAUUAAACAUUUGAGCUUUGAUCAGGAA